GAAAGGAAAAAGGUUCGUUAUUGAUUUCUGUAACUUGUUUGUGCGUCGAUGAAUUUGAGCUGUUUUAUUCAUUAUCAUGUUGGACUUGAAGGCAUCACAGCUUCUUCACUUAAUGGUCAGAAUAAAGCCGGAUGACGAACUAGGAAAAGAUCAAGCAAACUAAAAGGAAUUGGAUAUUAACAUUUGGACAAAGCCUUCCCAUAAUAGUCAUAUUCUAGAAGGCGUGAACUGAAGAAAUCAAAGCUACACAAGUGAUUCAGUUGAUUUGAGUUGCAGUGAAAGAAAUACCAUUAAUUUACUUCAAAAAUAAUCUUUUAUGGAGGAAGGAAAAUCAGUUUACUUCUAUAAUUUAAUACGCUUUUAAACCUACUUGUGACCAGUUUUAAACAUUUCCUAAAGAUCUUCUUGUCGCGGUAGUUCCCAAUGUUCUGAGGACGUUCUCUUGAUUCUUUGGGACGGUGAUACUGAAAGAGGCGGAAGUUGGUAAACAGAGAGGAGGUAUUUGUGGGCGGAGCCUGAGUCUUCCAGGAAUGUCACCGUGUUCUGCUGCAUUCCUGCUGUCGGCAAACCGGUCGCUGGCGGUGCUGCAGGUGAGCGAUGGAGCUGAAGGUGUGGGUGGAGGGCGUGGUCAGAGUGGUGUGCGGCCUAUCGCUGAACACUUCCUGCCAGGACGUCGUCAUCGCUCUGGCUAAGUCACUUGGCCAGACGGGCCGUUACAUCCUCCUCGUGCAGCUGCGAGGAGAGGAGAGGCAGCUGGUGGCGACCGACUGUCCUCUCCAGCAUCUGGCCCAGCUGGGUCCGCUGGCCGCGGAGGUCCACUUCGUUCUGCGGAGGACCGGUCCGAGCCGCGCCGGAGAAGACACGCCCGGCCCGGCAGAGCCGGAGCCCCACGGGGCUCUCACCGGUCCGGGUUCCUCUGCACGCCCCAAGAGGACUAAACCAAACAGGGCCUGGUCUCCGUCGCCCAGGGCCUCCCCGGAGCCCCGAGCUUCCCCCGUCCCGCUCACGGACCCUCUCAACUCCCCCAAGGAGGAGGCGUUCAGGCAGAUUCUGCAUCAGCAGAGGAGGCUGCGAGAGCUGGAGAUCCAGCUCAGGUCCCUGGAGAGAGAGACCGAGGCGUGGGAGAGGUCAUCCGACGAAGCUCCCGGUCCGGCUCCGGUCACCGAAGGGGAACUGGAGGAUCUGGAGCGGCGGCUGAGGCAGAACGAGGAAGAUCUGAUGCAUCGACAUCAGUGGGAGGAGGAGCUACGGGCCGAGACGGACAGAGAACCAGAUCUGCACAGGCGGCUCCAGCAGCUCCACUCGUCCACGCAGGGCCACGGCCAUCAGAUCGAGGAGCUCCACGUCCGAGCUGCAGAGCUGGAGCAGGACUUGCAGCUCGGAGCCCACAGACGGAGCUCCCGGGCGGAGGCCGGGCAGCCGGAGGAGGCGCUGAGGCCUUUGGAGCAGGAGCUGCAGUACCGCCGGCAGCAGGCAGAGGACCUGGAGGCGGACCUGGAGGCGGCGCUGUCGGGGACGCAGAGGGAUCUCCAGAGGAAGGAGGAGAAGCUGCAGGGCAGACGGGAGGUGCUGGAGGAGCUGAACAAGGAGCUGAGACAGUGUAAGCUGCAGCACUUUAUCCUGCAGACCGGCGGUCCACACGCAGACCAGACAAACCUGCCCGGCACUGAAGUUUACCUCAGCAAUGCUGGUUUAAAGGAGUAGCGGCACGCGACUGUACGUCAUCACAUGGUUUGAAGGACAGGAAGUGCUCUGCUUUCCCGUGUUCAGUGAAUGUGCGCAGGAGUCCGAGGGAAAGGACUGACGAUGAGUUUGGUUCCACUGGGGAAGUGUUGGGUCUUAUCUUUUCAGAUCAGAUGAAGAGGAAAGAAUUAAAGAAGGAGAAUCAGAAAGAGCUGAAAUAAUGUGAACUAAUGCUGAAAGAUUAAACUAACAGUCAACUCUUCUCUGUUUCCACCGCAGGACAUCCCGUACUGGACGGAAAACAUGUGCUCGUGUGAUAAGCCAAUCACGGGCAGUUCCUUUGUAAAAAAAUGUAAAAAGGCUUGUCACUGAUUCAAAAUGAACAAUUGUAUAUUUGCCUGUUCAUAUUUGCCAUAAAGUCUGUUUUUUUAA